GAACUUUUUUAUUGUCACUGUACAGUUGCUUGCACAGAGAAAUUAGGUAGCAAGAUCACAAAGGUGCAAAAGUAAAGAAAAUAAUAUUAAAAAAAAGAAGAACAAUAUAAAAACACUAUAUACACAAUGUAUAAGUUACAUUAUUCACUGUUGGGGGUGUAUACAAAGGCAUCAUAAUGAGAACACUGUAAAGCUGUUCUUUAGUCUGUAUGUUUUGCACCUGAUGGAUCUGAACCAUUUUCCAGAGGACAGGAUGUUGAAUUGGUGGUGGUUAGGACGAAGUUGGUCUUUUAUAAUUGCCGUGGCUCUAGAGUGACAUGUAGAGGUGGCAAUGGAGUCCAGGGAGGGGAGUGGACAGCCGAUCAUCUUCUCUGCAGUUCUGAUGACCCUCUGGAGUCUCUUCAGUGUGCACCAGCACACUCUCGAUUGUGGCUCAGUAGAAGGACACUAGUAGGUCAGUCUGCAGCCUGUUCCAUCUCAGAACCCUCAAGAAAUGGAGGUGCUGCUGGGCUUUCAUCACUAAGGCGGAUGUGUUUGUAGUCCAAGAGGGUCUGGGAUGAUGGUAUUGAAAGCCGAGCGAAAUCAAUGAAGAGCAUCCUAACUGAAGUCCCAGGAUUCUCCAGGUGAUGCAGAGCAGACUGGAGGGCAGUGGAAAUUACAUCCUCGUUGGACCUGUUUGCCUUAUAGGCAAACUGGUCAAAGCUGGGUGGGAGGCAGUCCUUUAUGAGCUUUAGGACAGCUUCUCAAAGCACUUUGCAACCUCAGGUGUCAGUGCAAUGGGUCUGUAAUCAUUGAAGCCACUGAGGGUGAUGGACUUGGGGACUGGGACUAUUGUUUCAGAUUUCAGGCAGUGAGGGACAGUGUAACAGGGAGAGGUUGAAUAGUCUGGUGAACACAGGAGCCAGCUGGUCAGCGCAGACUUUGAGCACCCUCCCAGGUAUUCCAUCAGGGCCAGCAGCUCUCCCCUGAUUUACUGCUCUGAACAAACUGUGAACCUGGUGUUCUUGGAGGGUAAAUGUGUGUGGGCUGUGAUCAGAGGCUAUGGGCAGGGCCGUGUGCAUGAUAGGGGUGUCUACAGUUCUCUGGAAGUGGGCAAAUAAGUCAUUUAGUUCUUCUGCUAAUGAGAUGUCCAUGUUAUCUGCAUUUGUCCCACUGCCUUUGUAAUUGGUGAAGUGUUUCAGGCCCUCCCAUACCUUUCUGGGGUUGUUAUCUGAGAGCUGAUCCGAUAGUUUACUCGAAUAGUCCAGUUUUGCUGCUCUGAUGCCUUUUUUAAGAUCUGCUCUUGCUCUGCUAUACAUAUCCUGGUCCCCAGAUUUGUAUGCAGAGUUACGUGCCUUUAACAACGCCUGAACCUUACUCGACAUCCAGGGUUUUUGGUUGGGGUAGACCCGGACCCGCUUUUCCGUGGUGACAGUGUCAAUGCAAUACAUGAUGUAACCCAGCACUGCAGCUGUGUGAGUCUCUAGGUCGUCAUGUUCGAAGACACUCCACUCUGUGAGGGCAAAACAGUCCUGCAGCUGAGCCAGAGCAUCCUCAGAAAUGGUGUUAAUAGUUCUGAUGGUGGGCUUUGUCCUUUUACUGAGUGGUGUGUAUAAGGGGACAACGAGCAGAGAGAGGUGGUCGGACAUACUUAGGUGUGGGAGGGGAACAGAUCUGUAGGCUUGGUUGAUAUUUGAGUAAACAUGUGUGUUGUUCCCUCUCAUAGGGCAUGUCACAUGUUGAACAAAUUCAGGCAGCACAGUUGUUAAGCACACUUUGUUGAAAUCCCCUGCGAUGAUGUGUGCUCCCUCUGGAUAUCUCCGUUGCUGUUUAGAGAUCGAGUCGUGCAGGUGGGCAAGGGCUGAGCUAACAUUAGCGUCUGGAGAGGUCGUAUGAUUCCAGAGGAUCUGGAUGAAAAGAUAGAGCUGUCCAAAUCUCAGGGUGCAGUGCCAUUUCUUGUAAGCUGCACAUCAGGGACCACAGUGCAGGGUGGGUUUGACCCGCUGGAACACAUAGCUGAUAUUUGUGAUAAACACAAGCUGUGGAUGCAUGUAGAUGCUUGCUGGGGAGGGAGCGUGCUUUUUUCUAAGAAACACAGACAUCUGAUGAAAGGAGUUGACAGAGCAAAUUCAGUAGCCUGGAAUCCCCACAAGAUGCUGGUGGCUGGCCUGCAGUGUUCUGCUUUGCUCCUGAAGGACACCACGAAUUUGUUGAAGCAGUGCCACAGUGCCAAUGCCACAUACCUCUUCCAGCAAGAUAAGUUCUACGAUGUGAACCUGGACAUUGGGGAUAAGUCUGUGCAGUGCAGCCGCAAGGUGGACUGUCUGAAGCUGUGGUUGAUGUGGAAAGCUGUUGGCUCCACGGGCUUAGAAGAGCGUGUAGACAAGGCUUUUAUUCAUGCAAGAUAUCUGGUGGAGCAGAUGAAGAAAAGAGAGGGGUUCCAGCUUUUGAGCAUGCCAGACUUUGUGAAUGUCUGCUUCUGGUUCGUACCACCGAGUUUGAGAGGGAAGGAAGGAACUGAAGAUUACCAGGAGAAACUGGCAAAAGUAGCUCCUGUCAUCAAGGAACGUAUGAUGAAGCAAGGCACUAUGAUGGUCGGCUACCAGCCUCUGGGAAACAAGGUCAACUUUUUCCGUGUGACUGUAUUCUCUCCCCUACUGUCCCAGAAAGACAUGGACUUCUUUCUUGAUGAAAUUGAAAGACUAGGAAAGGAUCUGUGACAAAGCCCAUAAGUGAACACCUUGCUCUUCAGAAAAUUUUAACGUGUUUAAUGCUGGUCAUUGUAAUUUUACAAAUAACAACAAACAAGUCAAAUUGUGUUCAUUUCAAUAUCUGAUUUCCUAGAUUCCCACAGCUGUUAAAUAAAUAAAUAAAGGUUACUUGGUAUUAUAAAAUUUAUAUCAUCAUGGUCUUUAUUGUAAAGGAGUUUAAAACACUUUUGGAGAAUGCCUAUCCUUUACAUUUUACUACCAAACUAAUUAUGAUAUAUUUUUUUAAUUAAUUCCAAUAAAGUGAUUUGGGUUUUUUGUUUUGUUUUGUUUUUACCUAGAAAAGCAGUUCAGGUUUACAAUGUCUUUCUGUAAGUGUAAUGUAAAACAAACAAUAAAAUAAAUCGUCAC